UUGAACCUCCCGCGCUGCUAGUCCUCACGGUUUGCUCCGGGCUGGGUUUGUUUGGUUCUGGGGCCCCGGGGGAAAGUCAGACACCGAGUCGCUCGCGCGUGGAGCGUUUCUGCCAUUUGCCUGUCGCCUUCUCCCCCGGAAGGUGGGCAGCGCAGCGUCUCCGCAGCUGCCCUGCAAAAUGGCUGCAUCAGCCAUCGCACUCCUCUGAGAAGCCGUCACUGCUGAGUCACCGUGUCUGUCCCCUCCUUUGGGUGGGCAGAGCCUGUGUGCACCAUGCCCGCGGCUCCUGACCACUCCUGGCUGUGAGGAGGGCCUGCCAGUCCAGGGAGUGGAGUGGGCCUGCAGCACGUGGUUAGCGACCCCCUGGGUACCCGGAGGCAGGAACAGUGCCUGGACCUGAGAGAAGGCGCUGAGGCAGGCUCCUCUGGUUGGGGGCUGUCUUUGGGUGGCCCUAGAUCUUCCAUCAGUUCUGCUGUGGUCCUAGGCCCAGUCUCCAGAUGUGUGUGGUUCUUUUUGGGUGAGAUUUGGCAGCUCUGAGUUUUGUUCCCUCCCCUUUCUAGACAAGUGUAGUGAGGAAAAUCAUUCUCGUACUGCUCACUGUACGAGGCUCAGGGUUCGAGCCAGCGCUGUAGCAAUGGAAGACCAGGCAGAGUGACUUGUGAGGAUGAGCCAGUCCAUCUUCCCAGGGAUGCGGGGCCUGGAAGCCAAUCUGCCUGGCUCUGGUGCGGACCUCACUGACCCCAGGUUCUCAGGGUAAAGCUGCAUGCCGACUGCUGGCCUGGUGCCCACCACCCCGCUCACCUUUGAGGCUGUGCCCCUGGGGCACCCACAUGGCAGGGCCCACCACCAUGCGGCUGAGUUCCCUGCUGGCUGUGCUGCGCCCAGCACUGCCCCUCAUCCUGGGACUUUCUCUGGGAUGCAGCCUGAGCCUCUUGCGCGUCUCCUGGAUCCAGGGUGAGGGAGAAGACCCCUGCAUAGAGGCUGUGGGGGAGCCAGGGGGGCCACAGAAUCCAGACUCAAGAACUUGGCUGGAGCAAAGUGAUGAGGACUUCAAACCCCGCAUUGUCCCCUACUACAGGGACCCCAACAAGCCCUACAAGAAGGUGCUCAGGACUCGGUACAUCCAGACGGAGCUGGGCUCUCGGGAGCGGUUGCUGGUGGCUGUGCUGACUUCCCGGGCCACGUUGUCCACGCUGGCUGUGGCUGUGAACCGCACGGUGGCCCACCACUUCCCUCGGCUACUCUAUUUCACUGGACAGCGAGGGGCCCGGGCUCCGGCCGGGAUGCAGGUGGUAUCUCACGGGGAUGAGCGUCCCGCCUGGCUCAUGUCGGAGACCCUGCGCCACCUGCACACGCACUUUGGGGCCGACUAUGACUGGUUCUUCAUCAUGCAGGAUGAUACGUACGUGCAGGCCCCCCGCCUGGCGGCCCUGGCCGGUCACCUCAGCAUCAACCAAGACCUAUACUUGGGUCGGGCCGAGGAGUUCAUUGGUGCAGGGGAGCAGGCCCGGUACUGUCACGGGGGCUUUGGCUACCUGUUGUCACGGAGUCUCCUGCUGCGCUUGCGGCCGCACCUGGACGGCUGUCGAGGCGACAUCCUCAGCGCUCGUCCUGACGAAUGGCUCGGCCGCUGUCUCAUCGACUCUCUGGGUGUUGGCUGUGUCUCGCAGCACCAGGGGCAGCAGUACCGCUCGUUCGAACUGGCCAAAAACAGGGACCCCGAGAAGGAGGGGAGCUCGGCUUUCCUGAGCGCCUUCGCUGUGCACCCUGUCUCUGACGGGACCCUCAUGUACCGGCUCCACAAGCGCUUCAGUGCUCUGGAGUUGGAGCGGGCCUACAGCGAGAUAGAACAGCUGCAGGCGCAGAUCCGGAACCUGACGGCGCUGACGCCCGAGGGCGAGGCAGGCCUGAGCUGGCCUGUUGGGCUUCCCGCUCCCUUUAUACCGCACUCCCGCUUCGAGGUGCUGGGCUGGGACUACUUCACGGAGCAGCAUACCUUCUCCUGUGCCGACGGGGCGCCCAAGUGCCCGCUGCAGGGGGCCAGCGGGGCAGACGUGGGCGACGCGGUGGACACCGCCCUGGAGCAGCUCAACAGGCGCUAUCAGCCCCGCCUGCGCUUCCAGAAGCAGCGGCUGCUCAACGGCUACCGGCGCUUCGAUCCUGCGCGGGGCAUGGAGUACACCCUGGACUUGCUGCUGGAAGCCGUGACCCAGCGUGGCCACCGGCGGGCCCUGGCCCGGAGGGUCAGCCUGCUGCGGCCCCUGAGCCGGGUGGAGAUCCUGCCCAUGCCCUAUGUCACCGAGGCCACCAGGGUGCAGCUGGUGCUGCCGCUGCUAGUGGCCGAAGCGGCCGCGGCCCCGGCGUUCCUGGAGGCCUUUGCGGCCAAUGUUCUGGAGCCGCGAGAACAUGCGCUUCUCACGCUGUUGCUGGUCUACGGGCCGCGGGAAGGGGGCCGUGGGGCCCCGGACCCUUUUUUGGGAGUGAAGGCUGCAGCGGCAGACUUAGAGCGGCGGUACCCUGGGACGAGGCUGGCCUGGCUUGCCGUGCGAGCAGAGGCCCCGUCCCAGGUGCGACUCAUGGAUGUGGUCUCCAAGAAGCACCCCGUGGACACUCUCUUCUUCCUCACCACCGUGUGGACGCGGCCUGGGCCUGAAGUCCUGAACCGCUGCCGCAUGAACGCCAUUUCUGGCUGGCAGGCCUUCUUCCCGGUCCACUUCCAGGAGUUCAACCCGGCCCUAUCGCCUCAGCGAUCACCCCCAGGGCCCCCGGGCGCUGGCCCCGACCCCCCAUCCCCGCCCGGUGCGGACCCCUCCCGGGGGGCUCCCGUAGGGGGCAGAUUUGACCGGCAGGCGUCUGCGGAGGGCUGCUUCUACAACGCUGACUACCUGGCGGCCCGAGCCCGGCUGGCCAGUGAACUGGCAGGCCAGGAAGAGGAGGAAGCCCUGGAGGGGCUGGAGGUGAUGGAUGUUUUCCUCCGGUUCUCAGGGCUCCACCUCUUCCGGGCCGUAGAGCCAGGGCUGGUGCAGAAGUUCUCCCUGCGGGACUGCAGCCCUCGGCUCAGCGAGGAGCUCUACCACCGCUGCCGCCUGAGCAACCUGGAGGGGCUGGGGGGCCGCGCCCAGCUGGCCAUGGCCCUGUUCGAGCAGGAGCAGGCCAACAGCACAUAGCACCCCAGCAGGGGCCCCGCCCCCACCCGGGAAGGGCAGGGCAGGCCAGUGCACAGAUGGAGGGCUCAUCACUGUAUUUCUUUUCUUUUCUUCUUCUUUUUUUUUUAAUGAGAAAAUGUUAUUAAAA